CUCAUCCAGUCAACAUGUUCCGCUUCGCUCUCACCCUUGCCCUCUUCUGCUGCAUCGCCCUCGUGAGCGCCGAUCACGGAUUUGGAGGUGGAUUUGGGGGACACGGAGGUGGAUUUGGGGGACACGGAGGUGGAUUUGGACACGGAGGAGGAUUUGGACAUGGAGGUGGUUUUGGUAACGGUGGAUUUGGACACGGUGGCUUUGGUCACGGUGGAUUUGGAAAUGGAGGAUUUGGACAUGGAGGCGGAUUUGGCGGUCGUGGACUUGGUGGUGGAUACGGAGGACGUGGAUUCGGAGGCGGAUUCCAUCAUCACGGGUAGAGGAACAGCCAACGUAGCGCCAGAGACCACUGCAUCGAACCUCUCCCUCCAGAAAUCAUGAAAACUUCAUUGGACGCAUCCACAAACAAAUUAUAUAAGAAACCUAUCCCAAGUGAUAAAGAAUUUCAAUAA